GAGGAGGCAGGCGGGCGGGCCGACGGACGGAGGGCCCCGGGCUGGGGGCGGGGUGUCGCCGUUGAGAGGGCGAUGGACGAAUUCCUCUGAGGAAGAUGGCGGCUGUCAGCUUGCGGGUGGGGGAUCUGGUCUGGGGCAAACUGGGUCGAUAUCCACCCUGGCCAGGAAAGAUUGUUCAUCCACCCAAAGAUCUCAAGAAACCACGGGGGAAAAAAUGCUUCUUUGUGAAAUUCUUUGGAACUGAAGACCAUGCGUGGAUCAAAGUAGACCAACUUAAAUCCUAUCACCUUCACAAGGAGGAAAUGAUAAAAUCUACCAAAGGGAAACGCUUUCAACAGGCAGUGGAUGCAGUUGAGGAAUUUAUUAAAUCAAAGGUAUCUGCUCUUGCCUCAUCAGAAGAUAAAAACAGGCACUUUUCAUCUGACAGUAAAAGACAGAAUUUCUCCGCAACAGAAAUUUCAGAGCACAGUACAAGGAAAAGGGGUCGGCCACCAAAGGAGGAAAAGGAUGCUUUCCCUGAGCCAUCCACAGUGAAAAGAUUGGUUACGGGUCCAGUCGCAGGAUACAAAUGGAAGCAAGUAAAGGACGACCCUCACUUUCAUCACUUUCUGCUCAGUCAGUCUGAGAAGUCGGGGUCAUGUUCUGCUAUCAUUCAAAAGCUGAAGACGACUGCUGAAGAGGAAGCAGAGUCAACAUCCAUUCAGGCAGCUGACAGUACAGCAACCAAUGGUAGUGUGACUCCGACAGACAAAAGGAUAGGAUUUCUUGGUCUAGGCUUAAUGGGAAGUGGAAUAGUUGCAAAUCUCUUGAAAAUGGGACACACUGUUACAGUGUGGAAUCGCACAGGAGAAAAGUGCGACCGUUUUCUUCAGGAGGGGGCACGUUUAGGACGUACUCCAGCAGAGGUGGUUUCUAUGUGUGAUAUCACACUCUCCUGCAUUUCUGACCCAAAGGCAGCUAAAGACCUGGUUCUGGGUCCCAGUGGGGUACUGCAAGGGAUUCGACCAGGCAAGUGUUAUGUUGACAUGUCCACAGUGGAUCCUGAGACAUCCAUAGAAAUCUCACAGGUGAUCACUUCCAGAGGGGGUCGGUUUCUCGAAGCACCAGUCUCUGGCAAUCGGCAACUUUCAGAAAAUGGAAUGCUGGUGAUCCUUGCUGCUGGAGAUAAAGCUUUAUUUGAUGAAUGUAGUAGCUGUUUUCAGGCCAUGGGGAAGAAGUCAUUCUAUUUGGGUGAGGUGGGCAAUGCUUCAAAGAUGAUGCUGAUUGUAAAUAUGAUCCUCGGCAGUUUCAUGGCUUCUCUAGCAGAAGGAUUCACGUUGGCUAAAAUAGCAAGUCAAUCACAAGACGUAUUGCUUUACAUCUUGAGUCAGGGACCUUUGGCAAGUUCGUUUUUGGAUCAGAAGUGCCAAAAUAUUUUGCAGGGAAACUUCAAGCCUGACUUCUUGUUGAAACACAUACAAAAGGACCUCAGGUUAGCUAUUGCUAUGGGUGAUUCUGUCAAUCAUUCAACUCCAAUGGCGGCUGCAGCCAAUGAAGUGUUUAAGAAAGCAAAGGCAUUGGACCAGUCUGAAAAUGAUAUGUCUGCAGUAUACCUUGCCUGCAACCAGUGAUCACUGCAAUGUUUUAAUUGUUUCUUUUUAAAUUUGGGGCCAUUUAUUUUGGUUUGUGUUUCCAUCAUCAGUAACAGCUGUCAUCUGCCCCAGUGGCCAUUGUAGAUUGAAUUCCUCCGAUGAUUGAGGAUGAUAAUGGCCCUUAUCUCACCGAAUCCCAUUAAUACAUUGGCACAUGGCAUCUCUGAGACUGUGAAUUAAGCAUGUGCCAACCAGCUGCUGCUUUCCUUUCGGUUAUAAUUUUGCUAGGAUGGUGUUGAGAAGUUUACUUAUUGAAAGAUGGGUUGUUGACAAAGGUAUAUGCUAGUGUUAACCCUUUGUAAUUUUUUUAAAAACUGGUUUAGUUAAGUACCUCCAGAUGUGGUAACUGCUGAUACAAACCUAUGUCUGGUAGUUCCAGUCACCAGAUUAACACUGUUGUAUUGCCAAUUCAUGAAUAAUAAAUCUACAAGAUCCAUGAAGUGAUUGCCGGUACUGGUGAAAAAUGUGGGAUGCACUAACAGCUUGAGGCCUGUACUGUAAUGAUAUUGCAGUAAAUUUUAUAUUCUGGUUGUCUUAGUGAUGCCAGCGUGGGUUGUCCGUAUGUAUAUCAGAAUGUCUGAUAUUCUAUUCUGUACAAAAUGAAACAUUUUUCUAAACUGGUAUCCUGCUUUGUAUUUCUCAUGUGGUUUGUACUGGAGGGGAAAGGAUUUGCUCAGGCAGGUAGAGAGAAGUAAAACACACAUGACACUGGAAGAAAAUCUGCACUGUUUCUGGAGCUUGGGUGCAGGCUUUGUCUUGGAAGUUCAAAAAAUUUGUAAUUUUUUUGUGACUCUAAUUUACCAUCUCGUAAAAUGGUUGUCGCUUUGUUUCUGAUUCAACAGGGUUUUUAAUGUUUUUUGUGAUCAGAAUGACCUCAGGUUUUUUUUUCUUGAUUUCCAAUAUUUUGGGACCCUUGAAGUAUAUUGCAGUAUUAAACCAACAAUAUAUGCUGAGAGAAUGGAGUAAAUUCCUCUCUGUGUAUAACUUGCUCCCAAGCCAAUUCUUUACAUUUUCCACUUUGUCAUUUCUGUAUUGUACAUGAAAGUACUCAACCUAUAUUUAUAGUAGGUUUUUCUCUUCCCCCCCCCCCCCACUUAAAUCUUGUACUUAACUAACCUUGCUUGGUUUGAGAAGUUUGUUUCCUAUGCCCACAGAUGUAUUUAAAAAUACAAUAAUGCAAAUCUGUCAAGUACUUCAGCCCGUAAUCCUCCUGGGUCUCCUUGGAAAUGUAAAUCAGACACAAUACCAGUUACUUUUAUUGCUUUAACAUUAUUGAUACCUUUUUAUUGUUGCAUGGAGUAGGUGUGGAAUGUAAUCUUGGUCACUUUACUUUGUAAGGCAUGUGCUCACUUUUGGCUACACCAAAGCAUGAUGGUCAAAUGUUUAACACGACCAUGUCAAAUCUGUUGAACCUGAAGGUGGGUCAAAUUCCAUUAAGCAGCUUUUAAUAUGUGUAAGAAUGGCCAAAUUUGAUUGAGGUUGGUCCUUACAUUUCUAACUAGAACAAGGGACACAAAUUAAAACUUGAUCUAAAAUGCAUGCAGAGCAUAGCAUAGCCAUGACUCUUAGCAGCCCAUUAUUCAGAUUAUGCCUUUGUUACUGUGGUUUACUACGCUGUCUGUGAAUUCAUUUGCUGAAGAUAUCAGUUGCAAUCCAGCAAGAAUAACUAUUGCCUUUGUUUGAACUCUUCCGUGUAUGCUCUGACAUAAAUAUCUGCCCUCACAUACAGUGAAAAUGAAAUCUGUUCACAAGUAGAAUGCUUAAACAAAAUAUACAAAUGGCCUCUCAGAACCAGUCUCCAUUUCAAGACUGACUUCUGCCACUUUAUCAAAGUUCAAAACCCUCAAGGUCAAUAUGUUGUAUUCCAAAGUUGUGCAGGUUGUGGUGCAUAUAAAAGUUGAUGCUUACCUCAAUAAUUGUGGGUUUGAGUUCCUGUAAGUGCUGCUAAUUUGUCUGACCAAAUAUAUAAACAGCAGAAUCAUCUUCAGGUGGCAAAUUGUGCACCUCUGUAUUUAGUAGAAGGAAUGAGACGAUGGUGUAGUUAACCAGUUGGGAGACUAUAUUAGGUCAGUUGCUCAAGGUAGGUGUUUUUUUAAUGGUAAAAUGCCAAGGCUGUAGUUAUAAAAUGAGGCUGUCCCCCUCCACCCCCCAGCAUCUGUGUUGACUAUUAUUUUGGCUUAACCAUUUUUUGUAUGAAUUCUGACAAGACUUUGAAGUGAUUCCUGUAAUUGGUAAUUUGAAAACUUAAAUCUAAUUUGAAUUUAUCAAAAAUGUUGGUUUACAAUUGCUAACAAUAUUUUACACCUUUCUUCUAUUUGUUGUAACUUAACUUUCAGAAGGAGAACUUAUUUAUGAUUUAAUUGAUGAUUCCUGAAUUAUUUUCUUGCAUGAAACCAUUAAUGUGCUUCUUCAUUGCAUUAAAGGUUUGUUUGCUUGAUUAUUCAAACCGUUACAUUGCAAUGCACAGAGUGGCCUAUAUCUGUGAUAGAGUACCUGUUGCUAGUUUCAAAAAAAACCUGUGCUAUGUCCAUUUUUUAAAAUUAAAACUCUGUAAAUACUGCAUCUACUGCUGAGAUACACUCCAAAUACAGUAAUAUCAUUCAUGUUCACCUGUUAUAAACAUUUAUUGGAUAGAAUUGGUAUCAAGGUUAUUCUGUAUAAAUCUAGAAUUUCACUCAUAAGAAAAACACCAAAUAAUUUAUAACAUUGUCACUGGCUAACUCACUGCGAAGAUCUUCAGUAAAUUAUGACAGAUAAAGAACACUUGUGUACACAAACUACUGUGGUAUUUCUGUGAAUUUAUUGUACUUUUUUUCUUGCUCAACGUAGCCUGAAUUCAGAAUUGCAUCCAAAUUACACAAUAUUGUCAUUGCAUUUUUAUAGCUUACAGUAUUUCAUUUUCAGAUCAAUAUUGCAGAAAUUGGCUACUAUUUUUACGGAUCCAUAACAAUUAUUUUGUUAUGUACAAAAUUGUAUACAAUUUGUCAAAUUGAGUAUUUGGAAGUGUAGUGAAUAUUUUUUUUAAAAUGUAUCAAGUUCAGUUUAGCUCCGUCAAUAAAUGCUGUUAUUG